CCGCAGCGGCGUGGUUGGCUGCCUGGGCGUGGCCUGGGCUGGAAAGGCCGAGGCCUCGGUCACCGCGGCGGCUGUCGCUGCCGCCUCGGGGGAGGCAGAGAGGCGAGAGCGCGGCGGAGCCGGAGGAGGGUCAUCAUGGGGAGCCUGAAGGAAGAGCUGCUGAAGCCCAUCUGGCACGCCUUCACCGCCCUCGACGUGGACCGGAGCGGCAAAGUCUCCAAGUCCCAGCUCAAGGUCCUUUCUCAUAACUUGUGUACCUUGCUGAAUGUUCCACAUGACCCAGUAGCCCUGGAAGAGCAUUUUAGGGAUGAUGAUGAAGGGCCUGUUUCCAAUCAGGGUUAUAUGCCUUAUUUAAACAGAUUCAUCUUGGAGAAGGUUCAGGGAAACUUUGACAAAGUUGAAUUUAAUAAAAUGUGUUGGACUCUGUGUGCAAAGAAGAACCUCCCAAAGAGUACUUUGCUUCUUACUGAUGAUGAUGCUUUUAAAGUGUGGGUCAUCUUCAAUUUCCUGUCUGAGGACAAAUAUCCACUAACGAUUGUACCUGAGGAGAUUGAAUACCUGCUUAAAAAGCUUGCAGAAGCUAUGGGAUCAGGGUGGCACCAAGAACAGUUUGAACAUUAUAAGAUCAGCCUGGAUGCCAAUCGGGAAGGCCUUUCUGCCUGGGAAUUGAUUGAGCUCAUUGGAAGUGGUCAGUUUAGUAAAGGGAUGGAUAGACAAACAGUAUCUAUGGCAAUUAAUGAAGUCUUCAAUGAACUUAUAUUAGAUGUAUUGAAACAGGGCUAUAUGUGGAAAAAGGGCCAUAGAAGGAAAAACUGGACGGAACGAUGGUUUUUGUUAAAACCCAAUGUUAUUUCAUACUAUGUGAGUGAAGAUUUAAAAGACAAGAGAGGAGACAUUGUUCUGGAUGACAGCUGUAGCGUAGAGGCCUUGCCUGACAAAGAUGGAAAGAAAUGUCUCUUCCUUAUAAAAAAUUUAGAGAAAUGUUUUGAAAUUAGUGCUUCUGAUAAGAAGAAGAAGCAGGAGUGGAUUCAAGCCAUUCAGACAACUGUAAACCUGCUAAGAUUAGGCGAACCUCCGCUUCACAAAGAGGCUCGCCAGAAACGGAAAGCAUUGCGCCAGAAACUGCAGGCUGAACAGGAGGAACUAGAGAGGCAAAUGAGAGAACUUCAAGUGGCAAAUGAAAACAAACAGAAGGAACUGGAGACUGUCAGAAAGCAACUUGAAGAAGCAGCGACUCGAGCUUCAGAAGAGGAGAAGAAGCGCCUGAAGACUCAAAUGGAAUUGCAGGAUCGAUUCAGUCUUGAGCUGGAGAGAGAAAAACUGGUAAGACAGCAAAUGGAGGAGCAAGUUGCCCAGAAAUCAUCUGAGCUGGAACAGUAUUUACAGAGAGUCCGGGAACUUGAGGAAAUGUAUAAUCAGCUACAAGAAGCUUUGGAGGAAGAGAAACAGGCGCGUCAAGAUGAGGAAACUGUCAGGAGGCUUCAAGCCAGGCUAUUAGAGGAGGAAUCAACCAAAAGGGCAGAACUGGAGAAAUGGCACUUAGAACAGCAGCAGACUAUUCAGAUGACAGAAGCAGAGAAGCAGGAAUUGGAAAAUGAGAGAAUGAUCAAGGAACAUGCUCUUCAAGUUGCUAUGCAACAGUUAGAACAACUGGAACUGGAACGGAAACAAGCUCUUGAGCAAUAUGAGGGAGUGAAAAAGAAGCUAGAGUUGGCAGCAAACAAUACCAGGAGCUGGAAAGAUAAAGUAGCUCAUCACGAGGGAUUGAUUCGAUUAAUUGAACCAGGUUCCAAGAAUCCUAACUUUAUCACAAACUGGGGCCCAGCAGCCUUCACUGAUGCAGAACUUGAGCAGAGACAGAAGAGCUGGAAGGGGAAGAGGAGCUCUCCUGACCAGUGACGAAGGCUGAAAUACUUUGUGAGAAAGACAAAUAAAAUCAUCUAAACCAGUUUGUUUCUUAAAAUGUAAAUUAUUUCAAGGGUUCAGUCAACAAGAUGGGAUCCAACUACAAAAUAUAAGUUGAAUAUAAUGCAUUCAGCCUAAAUUAUGGCCAACUGAGGGUGACGAGGGCAAGCUAGUAAAAGUCUACAGAAAUUCUGGCAUAUAUAAUGAAAAUCACAAAAAAGGCGUGUGUGUUCUGAUUUCUGUUUUGCUUUGUAGAAUUUGGAGUUGAGUGAGUUUAGGGAAGGAGGACUGGAACUCAUGGGCUUCUAUAGAAGAUGAGUUACCCUAAUUAAUAAGCCACAAAUUCAGCAGUAUUGGGGGUGGGCAAGAGAUAAAAGAACAUGGAAAUAAACAAUAGCAAUGUUGCUUUCCCUCAGCAAGAGAAUUCAUUGUCUCAGAGAGAAUGGUGUGAUAGAAAUAUCGUGGAAUUCCUUGCUCAUGUCGAUGGGGGUAUUCUGUGAGGAAAAGAGCCCCCAAAUAUCUAUUUCUGAGCCUGGACUGUAUGAGACACCUUGAAGGAUAUAAGGGAAACAUGAGGAAGUGUUUGUUUUUUGACUGCCUUAAGCAGCACCCAGCCUCUGAUGAUUUCUGAUCUUUUAGCAAUAGCUGCAUGCAGUAUCGGGGAAUACAGACUUUCUCUUUGGGAGAAAAAAUAUCUGAGAUUUGCAAGUUCUAUUUCUUGGAAGAUUUAGGAAUGCAUAACCCAAUUAUGAUGAUCUGCACAUCUGAACCUUAAAAUCGAGUAACUGGUUUCCCGAAUGCUUGUAUGUAUUUGAGGCAAAAGUCCUGCUGUACGGCUUGUAAAAUGUACAUUCAAAUAACUGGAAUGGCAGAAAACUGAAGUAUUGACAAUGGCAGCUAUGUACAUAAAUAAGGCACCAUUUGGAUUUUCUGGUUCAGUCACCAAAUGUCUUACCAUGGAGCUGCCUUUGACUGAAUCAAACCAUUGACCUGUCAAGGUCCGUAUCAUCUGCUCAGACUAGCAGUGGCUUUCCAGCGUCUCCAGUCAAGGUCUUUCACAUCACCGACCACAUGAUCCUUUUAACUGGAGAUUCUGAGAAGUAUAUUCUAAUCAAGCAAUUUGCUU